AGCACUAUAAGCUAUAGCAAGCUCGAAACAGCCUAAUCAAAAUGAAAGGAGUUCAUUUACUUGUUGCUUUUCUCCUUCUGGUUUUGUCUUCCUCAUAUGUCUUUGCCUUUGACCCUAGCCCUCUUCAGGACUUUUGUGUAGCCAUCAAUGGCAGCAAAGAUGGUGUGUUUGUCAAUGGAAAGUUCUGCAGGGACCCAGUGCUUGUAACAGCAGAUGAUUUCUCAUUUUCUGGUCUCAAUAUUCCUAGAAAUACAACAAACCAAGUUGGGUCCAACGUCACUCUCUUAAAUGUUGACAAAAUACCAGGACUUAACACUCUUGGCAUAUCCUUAGCUCGUAUAGACUUUGCACCAUAUGGUGGCCUAAACCCACCCCAUACUCACCCUCGUGCCACUGAAAUCUUGGUAGUCUUGGAAGGCACCCUCUAUGUUGGUUUCGUCACAUCAAACCCGAAUCGCCUCAUCACCAAGGUCUUAAAUGCAGGAGACGUUUUCGUUUUUCCAAUUGGCCUCAUUCACUUCCAAUUCAAUAUUGGAAAUACUAAUGCAGUGGCUUUUGCUGCUUUGAGUAGCCAAAAUCCCGGAGUCAUCACAAUAGCAAAUGCAAUCUUUGGAUCUAAUCCACCUAUUAAUCCAGAUGUUCUUGUCAAAGCAUUCCAAGUCGAUAAGAAUGUAGUGAACUAUCUUCAGAAACAGUUCUGGGUCAACAAUCACUAGAAUCAUAUUCGUAUAUAUGGAAUAAUCGUGAACCAGUACUAGAAUGAUUGAUAUUUUUCUGUAAUAAAGUAAGGAGGGGCUUCUGCGUAGCUCUCUCGAUGUUGAUUUUUAUUUUAUUAAUGAGAUAAUAAUUGUUAAGUGCUCUCUCUCUCUCGCUCUUUC